AUGUUUUAUCGACGGUAUAUCGAGGAAGAAGGGGACAUCCUCUACGGCAGUGGCCCUGAUAUUCCAGCCAUGCCCAUCAUGGACACUACUGGCACCUCCUCGAGGUCGUGCCCAGAGACGAACACACUCACUACCUAUCUACGACUGCUACGGCAAUGCAAACCCACUCUUCCCUACGGCGAACUCGUCUGCGUCUCCGCUUCCCCGAACAUAAGCACCAUGAGUUCGCUCCUCCGCCUUGCACGAACGGUUGGCCCAUACAUCGGUGUGCUACAGGUCCACGCCGACAUUAUCGACGACUGGUCUCUGGAGGGCGUGCGCAGACUGGCUCGUCUAGCGAAAAAAUAUGCGUUUCUUAUCUGGGAAGGGGGAAGGGUACUAAACACGCAGCAGCGACUGAGCAACCGAUACCUAACUCCAGAUGAAGUGUCGCGAGAUAUAGACAUGUCGAGAAAACGAUACACAAAGGGCGUCGUGAGCGUUGCUGCAUGGGCGGGGUUGGCGAGUACUUGGAUGAUCGAUUCACCUCAGCAAGGGAAUGGAGCUGAUCGGUUGAUUCCCACCCUUCGCCGCGCUGCCAGGGAAACUGUUGCGUUCAUGACAAAUUCUGUCCGCACAGAGAUCAGUAGUAGUGGCGCGAGCAUGCCUUCGAGCGAGAACCCAGACGAGGAGCAUGAAUAUUCAAUGGAACUCGACGAGGUCCUUCAAGCUUCUGCCAACGAAGGAUUAGAGACAUCACCCUCCCCACGAAAAGCCUCCGUCAUAUCACUUACACAAACAAUAACCCAGAGUACAGAACCUUCCACUCCUUCUGCCACCGGAGCCGAUGACAACCCCUUCUCGGAAACAGAAGAGGAGCCAGCAGACGAAGACGAACGGUCCACGCCCACCGCAUCACUACCUGAGCCUCCUCUCCUUUCGCGAGGACUCAUUAUAUCUGCUCCCCGGGACGAUGACGAACGGUUUACCCUUGAAUACCGCGUGGCAGCGUUCGAAAGUGCAAAAGCUAACGCUGAUUUCGUCGUUGGCUUUUCAACUGACGAACCGUGGAUAGAAAUUUGCACUCGCUCGUUAUGCUCUGAAGCCGCGGCCGAGCUAGCAGCUGCAACUGCGGCUGCCCGCGCAAGCAGCACAGACGACGAGAAUGAAAAUCGGUUCAAAGAAGAGACCGAAUCCGCAGUAGAGGAAGAACGGAGAACAUUUGCUAUUUUCAACCCCUUGGAAACCGAUCACCUUACGCGCUGUAGCAAGGAGGAUGGUCCUCACCACGGCCAUGCUAGCCCUACCACCCUGACGAACGGUGCUACGCCGCGGAGUCCCCAGCUAGAUAUAAACGCUACUGCGAUGAAUAACUCUCGCUCAAGGAGAGAAUCACAACAGGUCACAGGAUUACAUCAGUUAAUUGCUAGCGCUGUUGCAAUUAGAAACUCUCGGAUAACUCCUGAGUCAGGAUUGGCGCCGGGCGUGCAAGCGCGCUAUGGAGGAUUCGAUGUGAUGUUUAUCCCCGUGGUCACCAUGAACAUAUGA